AUGGCGCCCACUCGCGCGCAGCUCCUCUCAACCAGCGACAAGUUCAUCCGCGCAUACAACGAAUGGACCAUUGCCUCGAUCUUAUCGGUGCGUAGCUCUGGAUGCAUUCACCGGACGUUGCCGGCAUCAAGAGCCAGAAAGCCAAAGAACAAUGUCGAGUUCGCGCGAUUCUUGAAGCCUCUCCUGUCCGUCUAUCGAGAGUUGACACUGAGCAACAUCGACGAGGCGGAGACCGUGAUUGACGUCAAAAAGCGGAAGGUCGUGCUGCAUCUGAAAAGUCAUGCUGACACGGACGCCGGCCCUUAUGAGAACGAGUAUUUCUUCAUCUUGACGAUGAGCCAAGACGGAGAUCUGAUCGAUGAAGUCGUCGAGUAUUUGGAUAGUGGGUACACGGAUGAUUUUGCAGAGCGGCUGCAGCAAGCUUCCCGAGGGAAAGACUAG